CAGUAAAGAAGGUUUGUUCGUGCUCUUUGUCAAAGUAAAGAACAAAGGGAAGAGAUAGUUGGCUGACAGAAGCAACAUAAACAUAACAACUGCCCUUCCUAUCACUACUUGUGUGACCAGAGGAGUAGAGAGAACAGACAGACAGAACACACAGAGAAGAGGUUGUAAGAUAUGAGUCUUGGGCCGGCAUGCAUUUUCCUAAGAGGAGCUAAAAAUAUUGAGCGGCCGCUGGCUGAUGAAGAGAUAGAGGAGUUGCGGGAGGCAUUUGCUGAGUUUGAUAAGGAUAAGGAUGGUCUGAUCAGCUGUAAAGAUCUUGGCAACCUGAUGCGUACAAUGGGUUACAUGCCCACUGAGAUGGAACUGCUUGAACUUAGCCAAAACAUCAACAUGAACCUUGGAGGACAAGUAGAUUUUCAGGAUUUUGUUGACCUCAUGGCUCCAAAGCUGUUGGCAGAAACUGCUGGAAUGAUUGGGCUAAAGGAGCUAAAGGAAGCAUUUAGAGAGUUUGAUAUGGAUGGUGAUGGCUCUAUUACCAUAGAAGAACUGAAGCAUGCAAUGCAAAAGUUGCUGGGUGAAAACACAAACAGGAAGGAAAUAGAAGCCAUUGUACAAGAAGCCGACAACAAUGGAGACGGAACCGUUGAUUUUGAAGAGUUUGUCAAAAUGAUGUCUAAAAAUUGAGAAUACACCUGAGAUGUUGAAGGUAUACAGCAAAGAAGAAAACACCAAUACCAGUAUCAACCGUCAGACUUUUAAUAUAUUCACAAACUACAGAUUUAUUUGGAAACAGUAUUUUAUACCACUUUGUGUAUUAUUGUUUUUUCUUUGAGUACCACAACUACUGACUCAUCCUGUAAACUAUUAUGAUGUCAUAUCAGAUUUAUGUAACAAUAUUUGAGUGCAUAUCUGAUAUAUAUUUUCAGAAUUGGAUUGUGUCUUUCAUUGGACAUGCAUACUUGAACUUUUGGGAUAAAACUGAAUGAAAAACACUCUGAAAGUUAUUUAAUUCCACAUUAGGGUGUGUUGCUGUGUGCAUACAUGGCUUAAUAUGUUUUUUGUUUUUUUUGUUUUUUUUUUUAAUGCAUGUCAUGCUUAUGAUAUU